CUUUUUCGACAGCAACAAUGUCGUAUAUGGACAACAUAGAAAAUUGCAACAUCUUUGAAAAGGACCAUCGCUCCUUGGACGCAUAUAGGAAAGGGAAACGAAGUGCAAAACUUCCAGAUAAUAAGGAAAUAUACCUUACUAAAACGCUCUGCGAUCCUGCGAAUGCACUUAGCAAGCGUUACAAGAAAAAGGUCCUCGCAGAGAAAUCCGACGGUUUUUCCCCGAACGUCCCUUAUUCGAUGAAUAAACAAAAGCGAUGGGACACCCUUACUGCUAAAAAAUUGCUUAGCGAUCAAGAAAAAGACUUGCCUGAGACAGUGGUGGUGCAUAGAACAGAUGUUCCCUUGAGUGAUGGAUGUCAUGCGGGCACAGUCAGUAACGUGCAAAUUAUUGAGAACGAUGCCAUGACAACGAUGUCUAGCGGUGGAAGGAGGAAACCGCUGAAGUAUUUCAAUGACCAAAUAAGGGAACUGCGACAAAUAGACAAGAAAGAAAUUGAGCCAGCAAGGAUACACUUCAAUAUCACAACUGAGCCUUCGUCUGAGAAAUCACCUAGCAAAAAGGCAAAACGAACAAACAGAAGAAAGGGCGUACUCGAGAAUUUUGAUGAUGAUGAUCUAAAAAUUUCUGAUCCCAACUUUGUGGUUGAUGAGGAGACUAUUGAAUCGUGUGAGAAAACAAGAUCCUUCACCCUUGGAGAUUAUGUGGUACCUGAGGGAAAAGGUCGGCAAGUAUCGGAACCGAGCCAGUUUUCUCGUCCCCACUGUUCUAACUCACAAACAACCGCUAGAACUUCAGCAGAUGACGUUGAGAAGAGACCGUCCAUCAUGCCAGUGGAUCUUCUGGAUAUAUCCGAGGCCACUAAGGCCCCUCAUAUCUUUGUGAUCUAUGCGACGAAAAUCAAAAGUAAUGUGGAGCCAUUCAGCCUGGAGGAGAAGAUACUGAAAUCGGUACCGCCAAGACUUAUCGUAACAUGGUUUGGUCCAAACCGUGUAUCCGUCCGAAGUCCACCCUACUUCAAACCAAUUUUUGUACUUUUCUUCGAAUUUGAGGAAAGUACUAGAAUUCUCAGAGUUCGAGUAAACACCAGCUCGCCGUACGCGGAGAUGGCAACAAAAUCUCGUCUUCGCAAUCUUAUCCAAAAUCGAGACUGGAAGUAUGACUCGCUACUCGAAGACUUGUACGACUUUAUUAUGAAAACUCGGAAGAAGGAAGAAGAAAAACCUGCAGAUGAUAGUCGCUUCGUAAUGUAUCCAGAAGGUUUUAAUAGAGAUGUAAAUACUGAAACAUUGGCCCCUCUUGCUGUUACAUUUGAAGAACAGGAGCAAAUUGCUCUACUGAGCCAACUAUAUAUGGAAGAUGAUUGCGACAUCUCAUCAUUUGAAGUCGUGGAUAAUUUGGAUGAUUCUGCCAAAUGCUGUUCCGUCUGUCACAUUUCCAGCAAAAAGGAUCUUUUUGUAUCAGUGGAUGGUUUGAUAUGCCGAGAUUGCGUGAAAUCCUCCAUAUUCCGACAGUUGCGCUUCAAUAAUUCAUUCCCAGAUAUUCCGAUUAGUGCCCCUCCAGGUUCUUCCCCGAUUGACCUACUUUAUGCAGCCAUACCUGCACCUGUGAUGUCAUUCUUAGUUAAGAAAUUGUAUGCUUAUUGCAAUCCGAGCAACUCUCGAUUCGUAAAAUGUCAUCAUUGUCAUGCGGAACUCGCCACUUCGCCCGACUGCGAGUUCUCUAGCUGCACUUGCUCGAAUUGCGGUUGUGCAUUCUGUUAUCACUGUGAAUGCGAGCCUCACUGGCCUAUGAGUUGUGGUGAAUAUAAACGCUGGACAGAUCGAUGGGACACACAAUAUCUUCUCGAAAAGAAUCACAUAGUUGGUGAUGGCCAAAUGAGAUUAUGCUUACUUUGCGAGGAAGUAUUCCAGGUACCUUAUGGUUCGGAUAGUACUCGGUGUCCUGGCUGGAGGUGUAGGUGGGAAUACGACGAUGAAGGAAACUACAGUCAUUGGCACGGCUACAAGAGGCCUAUAAAUCACCGGGUUUUGAAACAUGCAAAGGCACUUGGUCAGAAGAUCAAAUACUGUAGCGAAUGUGGGCAGCACGAAUCGCCGCAUACAAUCAAAUUAGAAGGACUUGUGAACAGAGAAACAGCUAAGCUAAUUGCUGAAGCACACAGGCAAAGACUAGAAAAGAAUGGAAAAGAGACGUUUGUGAAGUAUGUGGCGAAGUACUUUAGUUCAAAGAAAGAACAAAGAAAAAUGAAUGAAACGAGGAAUUUGGUACUGUGUUUGGUGGAGAAUUGCACAGCAUGGCUCUAUUUAAUGAAACCAGCUAAUAGCCAUGAAUUGAAAGCUCAGAUCUCCAGCCUGUUUUCACAACUCACAGACAUUCAAUGUCAAUUCGUUGACAGUCAAAGACGUAUACCGGAAGAAAAGGACGUCUUUUCAAAGCGGAUGGCGAAACUGGAAGAGUUAGCUGAUGAUUUGAUAUCUGUAUUCCGACAGUACAAAAUCGAAAUAGAUCUUUUAUAGGAAUAUCAAAGGAACUCUACUGAGCCAAUGACAGUGAACGGAACUAGCGUUCCCUUGAAAGACAUCAGUAAUGCUAGCACAGUUCAAAAUGUGCAAGUUGUUGAAAAUGACGCCAUAAGAAUGCUAUCCGCUGGCGGAAGGGCUAAGACGCUAAAAUACUUUACCAAGCAAAUAAGGGAACUACGGCAAAUGGAGAAGGAAGAAACUGAGCCAGCAAGGAUCCAUUUCACCAUCACGACCCAGACCCAUCCUGAAAAGCGAAAAAGCAAGAAGUCAAAACCGAGUCAGCAGUUAUAG